AUGAAAAGGCUCAAGCAGGUGGAGGAUGACUUCAUGUCUAAUAUGAGUCAAAACAGAAGAUUUCCUUUUCCCCCAGCUUUGCCCUUAACAUCUAAUGAACCAUCCAAACUUUAUCAAACAGUCUUAAGGCACAGUAAUUACCCGCCCCUCCUCCAAGCUAAUUCAUGGACUCUUGGAGCUCCAUUCAAAGAGCUACACCACCACAGGACUCCCAGUGAGUCUAUUGGAAACAAUUACAGCCCUCAUGCUCAGCACCUAAAAAUUAAUCAACUCCAGCACAGACAACGCAGCUUUCGUCAGUCCUUGACAAGACCAACAAGGCCUUCAAUUACUCCACCUGGAAGGAAGGAAACAAUAACACCACGGAGAAGGGACAGAUCGUCUCAUGCUCUAGUCUCAUCUAAGGUAAAGCAUAAGCUUAAACAUAAGCAUGAGCUCUUGGAAACCCCCAGCAGCCUGCCUAUGAGUCCCAAAGAGCAGCUUGACAUCAUUCACAGACAAGAGGAGAAGAUCAGGGCCACUCAGACUGAACCUAAUGACAGAGACCUGGAGAGGUAUGCGUACUACAUCAACACUAUCCCCAGCUCUAUACUGCCCGACCAGCCUCACCAGCAGAUGGUCAACAUCAUGAACCUGCUGCCUCCUGACACUGAGGAUAAUAGGAAAUACUUCCAGAUUUUGAAGGAAAACAUGAUGGAGGAAGUCAAGAAAGAUUAUGAGUUUAGCCUGAAAAAGAGCAUUGUGGACUACAUUCUGAUGGACCCAUCUGAAUGCAAGCGACUGUCCAUAUCCAGCAUUCCCAAGCCUUUUCCAAGGAGGCUGGUUCAUGCCCCAGUACCAUGGGCCCUCAGCUACAAGGAUGCCCACAUGUGGCAGAGCCAACAUCUAUUUACUGUCAGUCCCAUCAUGACCCUACUGCAGAAUUUCUGGAUAGACAGCUUUUCAUCCUUGAGAUUUGUAAAAUUGGAGGACCUCUGCCUCAGCCCCAUCCUCCCAUCUGAGUUUGAAGAGUUUGUUCAGAGACAGUGCCAAGCUGCUAGAGAGAAACUGCUUCAAAUAUGGCUGCCUCAUUGUGCUUCACUGUUUAUGACCUAUGAGAAGCUGUGGCUGCCCCCUAUAGUCAACAAUACAGAGGGUAUCCAGGAGAUCUUCAGCUGUGCAGCUGCACUAAUGUCAUUGCACCUCCGAAGCCUGGUCAUAGAAUCAUUACAGGACUUGCUUCAGUUCUUCAUGCUGUAUGAGGAGGGCAAUGAUUUUGGAGAGGUGUUUGAUGAGAUGACGUACGUUCGCUCGCAGGUGUUGCUGAUUAAGAUACAAGUGGAUGAGACUCACAUAAAGUUUAUACCCAGCUUUCAGGAAUGUUGGGAGGUCAUUUACAGGGCCUUCAUGGAAAUCAUCAAAAGUGCAGAGAAGCUCCCAAUGGUGGAAAGUAUCCUCUUUCCUGAUAUCCAGAACUUGUACCUGCACGCUGUCAGGCCUAAUGAAUCAUUGGUCGAAAACCUAAUUAACAAGGCCAAGGAUGUUUUCUACAAAAACACAGUGGGACCCAAAAAGUACCUAAAUGUUUAUAAUAAAUACAACAAUCUCCUGGACAAUACAUCAAAACAGGACAUAUCAGCAUUUCUCAAAGAAAAGCACUCAUUGGAAGGAUUUACCAAAAAAAUUGACAGCAUUAAUCACCUGUGGAAGGAGAUUGCCUUGCUGCGGGUCACGGCGAACCUUUCCAUGUUCUGUCUCUAUGCUGGUGAAGUGAAUGAGUGCUUGUGUGACCGUGCCCAAAGACUGAAAGACAUGAUUGUCAUGUUUGAAGUGGAAGAAAACCGCAGGCUUAACAUAAGCAUCUGCCAACGCUAUGAGGAGAUUAAAGACACAGUCAGAGGCACUCCCGAAACUACGGAGGAGUUGGUGUUUCUCAGCCAGUACAUUAACAAGAGCAGCGAGGUGACCUUCCACAAGCUGAAUGAAGAGAUCAAUGCAGCAGCCUGUCGCCUCAAAUUCCUCCUGGACUAUGCCAUUUUGUCUGAUGACGACUUGAGGCUGAACUCGUGCGUGUUCCAGUGGCCCAGACAGAUCCUGACUGAGCUUGAGGACAGCAGGAUUCGUCUCGACAUCACAAGAGAACAAGCUGAGAGCCAUCUUCUAAAAAGGAUCUUUGAGUUUUACGAGAACCUGCAAGGCUUAGAUAAAGAGAUCCAAACUUUCAAAAAGAAGAAUGAAGUGAUGAAUAUAGAGGAGAUGAAGAACAACGUAGGAAAGCUUUCUCAAAUCACAGCUUGCCUGGAGGCUGCUGUCACUGAGCUGGAAGACAUCAACAAAGAGCAGAGUUUGUUGGACAGGGAGCAGAGCCAGUAUCCAAUGCUCCAAAUGCUGAUAGCUAAGAAACAGCCAUAUGAGCAGCUAUGGAACACAGCACUAAACUUUGAGAGCAUGUCGGAUGUCUGGAUGAACGGUCCUUUCCUGCACUUGGAUGCUGAAAAAAUCUCGGAUGAGCUGGACAUCAUGUGGAGGACCACGCAUAAACUUACAAAGACUUUCUCUAAUCUUUUUGGGCCGUGUAGUAUGGCCAAAAGCUUCAAAAGCAAGAUAGAAACGUUCAAGCAACACCUGCCCAUCCUGACAACUAUCUGUAACCCUGGCCUCAAGGAUCGCCACUGGGAGCAGAUCAGCAGCCUCGUGGGCUUCCAAGUCAAACCAGAUGUGAACAGCUCACUGCGGAGUGUGUUGGACCUCGGGCUUUCACAGUUCUCUGAAAAGUUGGAAGAAAUUGGAGCAUCGGCAAGUAAAGAGUAUUCUUUAGAAAAAUACUUGGAAAAGAUGAAAAGAGAAUGGGCCAACCUUCAGUUCACUUUUUCUGCCUACAGAGAUACCGGUACCAGCAUUUUGUCAGCAGUGGAUGACAUCCAGGUUCUUCUGGAUGACCACAUUAUCAAAGCACAGACCAUGCGAGGCUCCCCUUUUAUAAAGCCAAUAGAGUCUGAAUGUAAGAAAUGGGAGGACAAGCUGCUGAGUAUGCAGGACAUCCUAGAUGCCAUGUUGCGGUGUCAGGCUACGUGGCUCUACCUUGAACCCAUCUUUAGCUCAGAAGACAUCAUUGCUCAGAUGCCUGAGGAGGGCCGUAAGUUUGCCAUUGUUGACAGCUACUGGAAGGAUAUCAUAGCUGUGGCGGUUAAGGAUACACAUGUACUGGUGGCCACAGACCAGCCCAACAUGCUAGAACGGCUGCAAGAGUCCAAUGAGUAUCUGGAUGACAUUCAAAAAGGCCUUAAUACCUACCUUGAACAGAAGAGACUCUUUUUCCCAAGAUUCUUCUUCCUGUCAAAUGAUGAGCUGCUGGGGAUUCUGUCACAGACUAAAGACCCCCGGUGUGUACAACCCCACCUGAAGAAGUGCUUUGAGGGCAUUGCAAAACUGGAGUUUACUGAGGACAUGGAGAUAACUGGCAUGAUCAGUUCUGAAAAAGAGACAGUGCCUUUUACAGAAAAGAUUAAUCCAGCCCAAGCGAAGGGAAUGGUGGAGAAGUGGCUGCUGCAGGUGGAAAGGCUGAUGCUCAACAGUGUUCGACAUGUAAUUUAUCAAGGAGUUACUCAGUAUGCAGAGGUGCCCCGAAAGCAGUGGGUGUUGCAGUGGCCUGGCCAAGUUGUCAUUUGUGCCUCCUCCAUCUUUUGGACCAGUGAAGUGUCUGAAGCCAUCGAAACCAACUCUCUGCCUGCCUAUGUGGAGAAGUGCAAUGCCCAGAUUGCUGACAUUGUAAAGCUGGUGCGUGGGAAGCUGCCAGGAGGGGCCAGGAUGACCCUCGGUGCUCUUACUGUCAUAGAUGUUCACGCUCGAGAUGUUGUGGCCAAACUGUCAGAUGAUCGUGUCUCCUCCCUGAAUGACUUUGCAUGGAUUUCUCAACUGCGUUACUUUUGGGAAGAUGGAGAAGUGAUGCUGCGCAUGAUUACGACUUGCCUGAAAUAUGGCUAUGAGUAUCUAGGCAAUUCUCCCCGUUUGGUCAUCACACCUCUGACUGAUCGCUGUUACAGGACCCUAAUGGGGGCUUUGAAGUUGAAUUUAGGGGGCGCUCCCGAGGGUCCUGCAGGAACUGGCAAGACUGAGACCACAAAAGACCUAGCAAAAGCUUUGGCUAAACAGUGUGUGGUGUUUAACUGCUCUGAUGGUCUGGACUACAAGGCCAUGAGUAAGUUCUUCAAAGGACUGGCUCAGUCUGGAGCUUGGGCCUGCUUUGAUGAGUUCAAUCGUAUAGAGGUGGAGGUACUCUCUGUGGUGGCGCAACAGAUACUCUGUAUACAACAGGCUAUUGCCAAGAAUCUGAAGACUUUCAUUUUUGAGGGCACAGAGCUUUCCCUCAACCCAACCUGCUCUGUUUUCAUCACCAUGAAUCCUGGUUAUGCUGGCAGAGCUGAGCUGCCUGAUAAUUUAAAGGCUCUUUUUCGUACAGUUGCUAUGAUGGUACCAGACUAUGGUCUUAUUGGUGAGAUAUCACUAUACUCCAUGGGGUUCAUUGAAUCACGCAGUCUUGCUCAGAAGAUCGUGGCCACCUACCGUUUGUGCUCAGAGCAGUUGUCAUCCCAGUAUCACUAUGACUACGGUAUGCGAGCUGUGAAGUCUGUGCUGACUGCAGCAGGUAAUCUGAAGCUGAAAUACCCUGAGGAGAACGAGAGUGUGCUGUUACUUAGAGCCCUGAUGGAUGUCAACAUGGCAAAGUUCUUGGCACAGGAUGUGCCAUUGUUUGAGGGUAUCAUCUCAGAUUUAUUUCCUGGAAUUGUCCUCCCAAAACCAGACUAUGAUCUCCUUCUAGAAGCCCUCUAUAAAAACAUUGCAAAACUUAACCUCCAGCCUGUUCCUUGGUUCAUUGGAAAAAUCAUCCAGGUGUAUGAGAUGAUGUUGGUACGUCAUGGAUUUAUGAUAGUGGGAGACCCUCUUGGAGGGAAGACUUCUGCUUAUAAAGUUCUUGCUGCUGCCCUAGGGGACUUAUAUGAAGCCAACCUGAUGGAGGAGUUUGCUGUGAAUUAUUGUAUCAUCAACCCAAAGGCAAUCACCAUGGGCCAGCUGUAUGGCUCUUUUGAUCCAGUCAGCCAUGAGUGGUCUGAUGGCAUCCUGGCCACUUCCUUCAGGAAUCAGGCUAUCUCCACCUCAGAACAUCGACAGUGGAUCAUCUUUGAUGGGCCAAUUGAUGCUGUCUGGAUUGAGAACAUGAAUACUGUACUGGAUGACAAUAAAAAGCUUUGUCUAAUGAGUGGUGAAAUCAUUCAGAUGAGUUCUAAGAUGAGUCUGAUUUUUGAACCUGCUGACCUCGAACAAGCCUCACCAGCUACUGUCAGCAGGUGUGGUAUGAUCUACAUGGAACCUCAACAGUUGGGAUGGUCUCCUUUCAGAGAUUCCUACAUGAACACAUGGCCUGAAAGCCUAAGUACUGAACAUAAGCAGCUGAUCAUUGACUUGUUUGAUUGGUUAGUUCAACCCUGUCUGGACUUUAUAGAUAGGGAGUGUCGCUUUGUAGUGCAGACGUCUCCCAUCCACCUGACCUAUAGUCUAAUGAAGCUGUAUACCUGCCUUGUGGAUGAAAUUUCUACAUCAGAAACCAAUGGUACACAGAAUUUGUCCAGCCAGCAGAUAACCAUGUGGCUGCAGGGUCUCUUCCUAUUUGCGGUUGUUUGGUCUCUGGGGGGAACCAUUACUGGAGACAGUCGUAAGAAGUUUGAUGUCUUCUAUCGCAAUCUGAUCGCGGGCAUGGAUCGUGAACACCCUCGACCACAAAGCAUUAAAUUAAAAAAGAACAACAUUUUCCCAGAAAGAGGCACUGUUUAUGACUACUGCUUCCAGAAGGAUGGCCAAGGACAGUGGAAUUUGUGGACUGAUUCUAUCACAAAAGAAGAAAACAUCAUACCAGCUGGAGCCAGCGUGUCAGACUUAAUCAUUCCUACUAUGGACACAGCACGCCAGCUGUUUUUCCUGCACACCUACCUGGCUCAUGAAAUCCCCAUGUUAUUUGUGGGACCCACUGGCACUGGAAAAUCUGUCAUCAUAAAAAGCUACUUGGUAAAGCUGCCUAAAGAGCAGUAUACACCCAACUGCAUGAAUUUUUCAGCCCGUACUUCAGCUAAUCAGACCCAAGACAUUAUCAUGGCAAAGCUGGACAGAAGGAGAAAGGGUGUGUUUGGACCUCCAAUGGGAAAGAAGUGUGUUGUCUUUGCUGAUGAUCUAAACAUGCCAGCUAAAGAAAAAUAUGGUGCUCAGCCCCCAAUUGAGUUGUUAAGACAGUGGAUUGACCACUAUCACUGGUAUGACAAGAAAGACACAUCCAGACUGAACAUAGCGGAUGUUCUGUUUAUGUCUGCAAUGGGACCACCUGGUGGUGGGAAGAAUGACAUUACAGGUCGUUUCACAUGUCAUUUGAACAUCAUCUCUAUUGAUUCCUUCGAUGAUGAAACACUUACCAAGAUAUUUAGCUCCAUUGUUGAUUGGCACUUCAACAAGGGGUUUGAAACUUCUUUCUUCAGGCUUGGUAAGAUCAUGGUCCAGGCCACCAUGGCUCUUUACAAGGAUACCAUUGACAACUUUCUCCCCACUCCACUAAAGUCCCAUUACAUCUUUAACCUGCGAGACUUUGCUCGCGUGAUUCGUGGCGUGCUCCUGGCUCCACACACACACUUGAAGGAUGGAGAUAAACUGAUCCGCUUAUGGAUUCAUGAAGUCUACCGUGUUUUCUAUGACCGACUUGUUGAUGAUGAGGACAAGGAGACAUUUUUUAACAUUGUCAAAAAUAAGACCUCAAACUUUUUUAAGCUAAGUUUAGAAAAGCUUCUGAGCCACCUCAGUCCAGAUGGCAAGGUAGUAGAUGAAAGCAUCCGUAGCUUGUUCUUUGGUGACUAUGUCAACCCUGAUUCGGACAUGAAGGCCUACGAUGAAAUCACAGAUUUGCACGCCUUGCAAGCAGUGAUGGAGUUCUACCUCAAUGAGUACAACAGCUGCAGCAAGGCACCCAUGUCCCUCGUAAUGUUCAAGUUUGCCAUUGAGCAUGUUUCCCGCAUCUGCCGUGUACUGAAACAAGACAAUGGCCACCUUCUACUUGUUGGCAUCGGUGGCUCAGGGCGCCAGAGUGCCACUAAACUGGGCACAUUUAUCAACGGUUCUGUCCUGUUUCAGAUCGAGCUGACCAAGAACUACAGCAUGUCAGACUGGCGCGAUGACCUCAAACAGAUGAUGCUUAAAGCAGGCAUUGAGGGAAAGAGUCUUGUGUUUCUUUUCAUUGACAGCCAAAUCAAGAAUGAAUCCAUGUUGGAAGACAUUGACAUGCUGCUUAAUACAGGAGAUGUGCCAAACAUUUUUGCUGCUGAUGAGCGUGCUGACAUCAUUGAGAAAGCACAGGGUAUUGCACGAAUGGAAGGCAAAAAGAUUGACUCAACUCCACUCUCAGUGUAUAAUUUCUUCAUUGACCGUGUGAAGGCCAACCUUCACAUCGUGCUAGCGAUGAGUCCCAUCUGUGAUGCAUUUAGGAACCGUCUUAGGAUGUUCCCCUCUCUGAUCAACUGCUGCACCAUUGACUGGUUUCAUGCAUGGCCCAAUGAUGCCCUGGAAAUGGUAGCCCACAAGUUCCUAGAGGAUGUGGAAAUGGAAAGUGACAUCAGAUUGGAGGUGGUGGAGAUGUGUAAGAACUUCCAGACAAGUGUCAGAGAGAUGUCUCAAAAGUACUUAUCUAGACUGAGAAGACACAACUAUGUCACACCCACCUCCUAUCUUGAGCUUAUCCUUACUUUCAAGACUUUACUCACAAAAAAGAGAAAUGAAGUAAAUACUGCAAGGGACCGAUAUGUUGUUGGGCUCCAGAAAUUGGAUUUUGCUUCAUCUCAGGUAUCAGUGAUGCAGCAGGAGCUGACAGCCUUGCAGCCAGAGCUCAUCCAGACCUCAGCUGAGACUGACAAAAUGAUGCUCAAGAUAGAGAAGGAAACAGUAGAGGUGGAUGCUAAGAAGGAGCUUGUUUCUGCUGAUGAGAGAGUGGCUAAUGAAGCUGCAGCUGCAGCUCAAGCCAUUAAGAAUGAAUGUGAGGGUGACCUGGCAGAGGCAAUGCCUGCAUUGAAUGCUGCCCUUGCUGCCCUUGACACUUUGAAACCUGCAGACAUUACUGUAGUAAAGUCCAUGCAGAACCCACCAGGUCCAGUCAAACUGGUUAUGGAGUCCAUCUGUAUCAUGAAAGGCAUCAAACCUGAAAGAAAACCUGAUCCCAGUGGCUCAGGUAAGAUGGUUGAAGACUUCUGGGGCCCAUCUAAGAAGCUCCUCGGAGACCUGAAGUUUCUGGAGAGUCUCAAAGCCUAUGACAAGGACAAUAUUCCUGCUCCAUACAUCAAGAAAAUCAGAGAUAAGUUUAUUGACAACCCAGACUUCCAGCCUUCAGUCAUCAAAAACGUGUCUUCAGCUUGUGAAGGUCUCUGUAAAUGGGUACGGGCAAUGGAAGUCUAUGAACGUGUAGCCAAGGUUGUAGCCCCCAAAAAGGAGAGACUAAAGCUGGCUGAGGAGCAAUUAGCUGUACAGAUGAAAAUGUUGACUGUGAAGAGAGCUGAGCUGAAAAAGGUUGAGGACAGACUGCAGAGUCUGAAUGAUGACUUGGCUGCAAUGAUUAACAAAAAAAAAGACUUGGAGGACAAUAUUGAACUGUGUUCUCAGAAGCUGGUCAGGGCAGAAAAACUGAUUGGAGGACUGGGUGGGGAGAAAGACAGGUGGACAGAGGCUGCAAAGCAACUAGGGAUUAGAUACACCAACCUGAUAGGUGACAUUCUCCUCUCUUCUGGAAUUGUGUCUUACCUCGGAGCUUUCCCUGUAGAUUACCGUAUAAAGUGCCAGGAGCAAUGGCAAAUCCUGUGCCAAGAGAAGAAAAUCCCUUGCUCUAAGGACUUCACCCUCAGUAACACUCUGGGUAACCAGGUGGCCAUCAGGACAUGGCAGAUUGCUGGACUUCCAGUUGACUCUUUCUCCACAGAAAAUGGCAUCGUUGUUUUCAAUUCACGACGAUGGCCGCUAAUGAUUGAUCCACAAGGCCAAGCCAAUAAGUGGAUCAAGAACAUGGAGAAGGCUAAUAAGCUUGCUGUCAUCAAACAGUCUGAUGGAAACUAUGUGAGAAUCUUAGAAAACUGCAUCCAGUUUGGGACCCCAGUUCUUUUGGAACAAGUUGGAGAGGAACUUGAUCCAGUACUAGAACCUGUCUUGCUGAAACAGACCUUUAAACAGCAGGGUGUGGAGUACAUAAAGAUAGGAGAGAAUAUUGUAGAAUAUUCUAAGGACUUUUUGUUUUACAUGACCACCAGUCUGAGGAACCCUCAUUACCUCCCUGAAGUGGCUGUUAAAGUCUGUCUGCUAAAUUUUACGAUCACUCCACAAGGUUUACAGGACCAGCUUUUGGGGCUAGUAGCAGCUAAAGAGAAACCAGAACUGGAAGAGAAGAAGAACCAGCUUAUCCUGGAGAGUGCUGCCAACAGCAAGCAGCUAAAGGAAAUUGAGGAUAAGAUCUUAGAGGUGCUCUCCUCCUCUGAGGGAAACAUCCUGGAAGAUGAGACUGCUAUCAAGAUCUUGUCAUCUUCCAAAAUACUCUCCAAGGGGAUCUCUGAGAAGCAACAAAUUGCCAGUAUUACUGAGAAAGAGAUCGAUGACACUCGCAUGGGCUACCGUCCCGUAGCUGAGCACUCAUCCAUCUUGUUUUUCUGUAUCUCGGACAUGGCCAACAUUGAGCCAAUGUACCAGUACUCCCUGACAUGGUUCAUCAACCUUUACCUUUAUUCCAUUUCCAAGAGUCCCAAAAGUGAUGAUGUGGCUCAAAGAAUCAACAACAUUGUUGAGCACUUUACCCUUAGCAUCUACAAUAAUGUCUGCCGCUCACUUUUUGAAAAGGAUAAGCUGCUCUUCUCCCUUCUGCUUACCGUAGGCAUCAUUCAAGGUAAAGGCCAGCUUGACAGUCAAGUCUGGCAUUUCUUUCUCAAGGGUGGCAUUGCUUUGAAUAACCCACAUCCCAACCCUGCCCCAGAGUGGCUGUCUGACAAAUCUUGGUCAGAGAUAGUCAGGGCCUCCAAUCUUCCAAACCUAAAGGGGUUCUUUGAACAUGUCAAAGGAAACACCUCCAAAUGGAAGAAUCUUUAUGAUUCAGGAAAGCCUCAUAAGGACCAGUUGCCUGACCAGUGGAGUAAGUUGGUAGGACUGGACCGAAUGGUGGUGAUCAGGUGCUUCAGGCCAGAUAAACUUGUUCCAGCUGUGCAGGAUUUCAUAGUGGACAACAUGGGACAAGCAUUCAUUGAGCCACCUACCUUUGACCUGGCAAAGAGUUACAAAGACUCAAACUGCUGCUCCCCUCUCAUCUUUGUGUUGUCACCAGGAUCUGAUCCGACUGCAGGUCUGCUGAAGUUUGCUGAUGACCGAGAAAUGGGGGGUAGUAAGACCCAAACCAUUUCCCUUGGUCAGGGACAGGGACCCAUAGCAGCUCAGAUGAUUGACAAAGCAAUCAAGGAAGGAACCUGGGUUGUACUGCAGAACUGCCACUUGGCUACCAGCUGGAUGCCCAAUUUGGAGAGGAUCUGUGAGGAAACCAUCACCCCAGAAAGCACACAUCCUAACUUUAGGUUGUGGUUAACCAGUUACCCAUCUGACAAGUUUCCAGUUAGUAUCCUGCAGAAUGGGCUUAAGAUGACCAAUGAGCCUCCUAAAGGAAUUAGAGCCAACCUGCUGCGCUCCUACCUCAGUCACCCCAUCUCUGACCCAGACUUCUUUGGAAACUCAAAGAAACAGGUCAUUUGGCAGAAGCUCCUGUUUGGUCUCACUUUCUUCCAUGCCCUGGUGCAGGAGAGGAGGAACUUUGGACCUCUGGGUUGGAAUAUUCCUUAUGAGUUUAACGAUUCUGACCUGCGAAUCAGUAUCAGGCAAAUCCAGAUGUUCCUGGAUGAGUAUGAGGACAUUCCACUGGAGGCACUCACAUAUCUCACAGGUGAGUGCAACUACGGUGGCAGAGUUACAGAUGACAAAGACAGACGUCUGCUGCUUUCACUCCUGUCUGUUUUCUACAAUUGGAAGCUGAUUAAGCAGGAUCGCUACCACCUGUGUGAGGGAGAUCUGUAUUAUGUUCCUACUCAUGGACCCUAUCAGACAUAUGUUGACUACAUUAGAAAACUACCAAUUUGUGCCGAUCCUUGUGUAUUCGGACUUCAUAGCAACGCUGACAUCACAAAGGAUAAUCAAGAGACCAAUCUGCUCCUGGAUGGCGUACUUAUGACUCUGCCCAGAGAGUCUGGCAGCGGAGCCAAGUCUCCUCAGGAAGUUGUGGAGGAGCUUGCAGAGGACAUCUUGUCUAAGCUGCCAGCAGACUUUGAGAUCCAAAUGGUGAUGAAUAAAUACCCAGUUAUGUAUGAAGAAUCAAUGAAUACUGUAUUGAGGCAGGAAGUCAUCCGCUUUAACAGACUUACAGAUGUGCUGCGUGGCAGCUUGGUAAACCUUUGCAAAGCUUUAAAGGGACAGAUUGUAAUGUCCUCUGAGCUUGAUAAUGUCUUUAACAGCAUGCUGGUGGGCAAAGUGCCCACUAUGUGGGGAGCCAAGUCAUAUCCCUCUCUCAAACCACUGGGAAGUUACGUGACUGAUCUGUUAGCCAGGCUGCAGUUCCUGCAAGACUGGCUAGAUAAUGGACCACCCACAGUCUUCUGGCUCUCCGGUUUUUAUUUCACUCAGUCAUUUCUUACUGGAGUGUCUCAAAACUUUGCCAGAAAGUACAGUAUCCCCAUCGACUAUAUUGGUUUUGAAUUUGAGGUAACCAAAGAGGAGACUCACAUGAACGAAAAGGCGGAGGAUGGGGCGUAUGUUACGGGUCUUUUCAUGGAAGGGGCACGCUGGGACAGACAGAACAUGGUCAUUGGGGAGUCUUUUCCUAAGAUCCUGUUUGACUUUUUGCCCAUCAUCAAGCUCAAACCAGGAGAAAUGGCCAAGUUUCGACAUGAGAACAACUACGUUUGUCCGGUUUACAAAACAAGCGCCCGUCGAGGGACCUUGUCUACCACUGGGCACUCCACCAACUAUGUCCUGUCUAUCGAGCUGCCUUCUGACAAGCCACAGAAGCACUGGAUUAACCGUGGGGUGGCCUGCCUUUGCCAGCUGGAUGACUGAGAAUGUUGAGCUAAUGUUCAUCUACUCAGUUCUUGUGUAAGCCAAAGAAAUACACAAUUUUUGCAAGACAUAUUGCUGUUAUGUUUCUUCUUUAGUUUUUUUUUUUCUAUUAAAGCCAAAGGUUUCACAUUUACUUGACUGUAGGAAGAUUGGAUAUUUGGAUGCCUGCCAUGUAUAGUGCAAAGUGACCUUCUGUAGAGGCUGUCUGGAGUCCAGAAUCAAUGAGCAGAUUUUUUAGAAAUCAGUCAGGAUGAAUGCUGUAAAACCUUUAACCCACGUAAAAUUACUUCUAUUUCUUAAACUAAAUUCAUAUAUACAAGGUAAGUAUAGUGAUACAGUUUAUACAAAUGUUUUCACAUGACAAUAAGUCUCCCUCCAAAGGUUUUAAAUAAUAACAUCAUUCAAAAUAUAUACUUUUCUACCUCUGCUCCAUAUACCAAAAAAAAAAUAUCUUGUUCUAUGAAUGUUUAUAUGGAUUGAUUAUCGUUCACACUGCAUAAUGCAACCACUGGCAUAAAUUAAGGAUUUACCAAUCUUAAAGCAUGUAUGUUCAAUUGUUGUGGAUGGGUAGGUGCAGAAAUUAAAGAAAAUUAUGUCAUUUUUUAAAUUGAUGCCGUAAAAUAAAAGUAUCUGGACUCUUUGCAGGUUAUGUCAUGUGGAUGGGGUUGAUAUGUAUUUUUUCUUGCAUGGGUGGUGGUUUAAGUUUUAUCAUUUGAUAAUAAACUUGAUAUAUCACGAUA